AUGUCAAGGGUUCCAAGUCCUCCACCUCCGGCAGAAAUGUCGAGUGGCCCUGUAGCUGAGAGCUGGUGCUACACACAGAUCAAGGUAGUGAAAUUCUCCUACAUGUGGACCAUCAAUAACUUUAGUUUUUGCCGGGAGGAAAUGGGUGAAGUCAUUAAAAGCUCAACCUUUUCAUCAGGAGCCAAUGAUAAACUGAAAUGGUGUUUGAGAGUAAACCCAAAAGGUUUAGAUGAAGAAAGCAAAGAUUACCUGUCACUUUACCUAUUACUGGUCAGCUGUCCAAAGAGUGAAGUUCGGGCAAAAUUCAAAUUCUCCAUCCUGAAUGCCAAGGGAGAAGAAACCAAAGCUAUGGAGAGUCAACGGGCAUAUAGGUUUGUGCAAGGCAAGGACUGGGGAUUCAAAAAAUUCAUCCGUAGAGAUUUUCUCUUGGAUGAAGCCAACGGGCUUCUCCCUGAUGACAAGCUUACCCUCUUCUGUGAGGUGAGUGUGGUGCAAGAUUCCGUCAACAUUUCUGGCCAGAAUACCAUGAAUAUGGUGAAGGUUCCCGAGUGCCGGUUGGCAGAUGAGUUAGGAGGACUUUGGGAGAAUUCCAGGUUCACAGACUGUUGUUUGUGUGUUGCUGGCCAGGAAUUCCAGGCUCACAAAGCAAUCUUAGCAGCUCGUUCUCCAGUUUUUAGUGCCAUGUUUGAACAUGAAAUGGAGGAGAGCAAAAAGAAUCGGGUUGAAAUCAAUGAUGUGGAGCCUGAAGUUUUUAAGGAAAUGAUGUGCUUCAUUUACACUGGGAAAGCUCCGAACCUGGACAAAAUGGCUGAUGAUUUGCUGGCAGCUGCUGACAAGUACGCCCUGGAGCGCUUAAAGGUCAUGUGUGAGGAUGCCCUCUGCAGUAACCUCUCUGUGGAGAACGCCGCAGAGAUUCUCAUCUUGGCUGACCUCCACAGCGCAGAUCAAUUGAAAACGCAGGCAGUGGAUUUCAUCAACUAUCACGCCUCGGAUGUCUUGGAGACCUCGGGGUGGAAGGCGAUGGUGGUGUCACAUCCCCACUUGGUGGCUGAGGCGUAUCGCUCCCUGGCUUCAGCACAGUGCCCCUUUCUGGGACCCCCACGCAAGCGCCUGAAGCAGUCCUAA